UUCACUGAUGGAUUCUUUUUUCCUUCAAAAUCUCAGGCCGCCAAAUGGGUUAAAGCUCAUGAUGGUCACGAGGAUUGCACGUCGGAUACGUUGAUCCGGGUCGACGCGGAUGCAUUAUCGGUUGGGGCGGGAAAGAAUAUUGUGUCCGUGAAUAUGAAGUGCUCACGGGUGAUUGUAAUCAUUUCGCAUGGCAUCAAUGAGGUGCGACCACAAUUCUUCAUUCCUUUAAAGGCUGGUCAUGAGAGGGAUGGCAAAGAACUAUAUAUUGCAAAGUCAAGUGGACACAUUGGUAAAGCGGGUAGGCAUUUGAUAGAAGGCAUGUCAUAUGCUUGUGAUGGUCGCGAAGUUACUUCCUAUAAUUAUGAGGUGUUGGGAUUCGCAACUUAA